CUUGAAUUAUAAAAAAUGCAGUAUUCAUUUCAUUGCAAAAAAAAGCGCUGCUUCAACAAAAGUGUAAAUUGCAAUCCUUUUCCGAGCUGCGAAAACGGAGAGCGGUAUCAAGGAAGAUUUACGGGACUAGCUGUGGAGAUACCGGAUCCCGUUCAGGCUAAGAAUCUGUAUGACAACGGUUGUUUUGGCAAGGGAAGCAAAUCUCGUGGCGGACUGGCUUCUGGUGACGAGGAUGAAAAGCUGCUCCUGGGAAUGGAGGAGUCCUGCUUCCUGGCUUACUAUUUGGAAGUUUUAGAAAUAACCAGCUUGUCCGGUAGCGCCAUUGAUUUUCACCUUUUUAUGAAGGCUGCCAAGGAGCUAAAUGCAAGAUUUGUGGAGAACUUGGCCUGCUAUGUGUAUUUGAAGUCCAAAAAUUGGGUGAUCAAGAGUGGCAUCAAGUUUGGCGGUGAUUUUCUUAUCUACAAGCAAAGCCCCCGUUUGUAUCAUGCCAGCUUCUUAGUUCUGGUUCAAACUCCCAGUGAAAUAGAAUACUAUCAAUCAAAGAACUUAAAAGGCAUUCAACGUGUGGCGGAAACUUCGGAUAAGGAUGUACUGCUUUUAAUUGUCAAUCACGCAAGCGAUUUAACCAAACCCCUGGAUCUUGGGAAAACCACAGUAACGGAGACAAUUGUGCGGCGUUUCAAUUACAUAACUUUUGUACAAAGCAAACAACAAUAA